AAUUUUUACAUACACAACCAAAUCCCUUCAAAUGUUUGUUAUUGAAAGCAAGAGUAUUAUUUUGUGUGUUCUUCAAGUGUAUUUAUUUUCUUUUUGCAUGACGUUUCAUUGUGAAAUUGGGUAGAAUAAUAGUUUUCAACAUAAACAAAUUGCACAUUCUGGUGAUUCACAAUAGAACUUUGGUCUUUAAGCCUAUUUAACCUUUUAGUGCCUACAGUGCCAAGUCAAAAAAUGUUUUUCAAGUUGAAAUAACAUUUCAAAUACUAAAUUGCAAUCGAAAUGUGUUUUUUCAGUGCAGCCGUAACUAUUUAUGUUAAAAAGCUACGAGGCGUAUAAAUUGAAUUCUGAACUAGAGUUGUCAAACUAUUUGGCUUUGGUCAGUUCGUAAGUGGAUUGUUUAUAAUGGUGCAGCUCAAGUUGUUCAAUUCUCUGGUGAAAAUAUUGGUCAAGCCUUCGGGAUUCGGAGAACCAAGUGUUUGGCACGCGGUGAUCGUGACCUUUAUCCACUACUUUUCCUGGGGACUACUCACUGUUCCAUCUAUUGAGAAACUCUCCGAAUGCUUUGGAAAUCGCGUACUGCUCGUCGAUGGAUUGGUGUAUGGAGUCCGGGGAAUCUUGUCCUUUGUGGCCACCCCAAUCAUGGGCUCUAUUUCCGAUAUCCGGGGAAGAAAAGUUGUGAUGCUUCUCGCUGUAGUAACCACCUACUCACCAAUUCCCUUAAUGAUGAUGAAAAGUUGGUGGUACUUUGUGAUACUUGCCUUGAGCUCAGUAUUCGGCAGUACUUACUCUGCAUCCUUGGCCUAUGUCGCGGAUUGCACUAGUUUGGCGGAUCGAUACAAAGGAUAUGGCAUGAUAUCCGCCAGUUUUUUCGCCGGCCAGGGAUUUUCCCCCCUUUUUGGGAAUUCCCUAAUGAAAUCCUUUGGCUCUGAAGUAGUUAUUUUAUUCGCCACCAUUACUGGCCUACUAAAUAUUUUAUUCAUCAUUUUUGGAGUACCGGAGAGUUUGGUUUGGAAGGAUAAGAGCCUUAAUCUAGAAGAGGAGGGUAUUAACCAGAUGCUUAUAAAAGAUGAUUUAAGCCAGAGACAGAAUGAUGAGGAUGAAGAGGUUCCAAGCCAGGAGGAAAAACUUUCUUUAAAUCUUCAAGAAAGUAACAAGAAUUUAUAUGGGGAAUCCAACUAUCACAUCAUUAACCUAAAUUAUAUGGAAGAGCAGUCCAUAAAUUUAAUUCAAAAUGGUAAAAAGGAGCGGAAUUUGUUAGUAUCUAAGGUGAUUCAUACUGAUGUCGAAGAAGAAAACAACAAUGAUAAGAACAUUAAAUCCUCCGAUCUCUGGGCAGUGCUAAAAAGAAGUCUUGAGGAUAAAACACUGAUUGUGAUAUACCUUAUAUCAUUCCUUUCAUGUUGGCCAUUGGCAGGCGUAGAUUCAAUUGCUCCGGUUUAUCUAAAAUACGUGAUUGGAUUUGAAUAUGAAGAGGUGUCCUUGAUGUUGGGAAUGCUGUCUGUUCUUAGCAUCACUUCAAAUCUCCUCCUGGGCCAUAUUACAAAUCUAAUUGGUGCCAAUUGGUCAAUCCGAUUAGGUUUGAUUUUCCUGAUGUUGAACCUGCUGUUCUGUGGCUUUGGAACGCAGCAUUGGAUGUUCUGGUUGGGAGGGGUUCUAUUUGCCAUAGCCACCAUUAUUCCAGCUGCAACCAAUUCGGUGGUUUCCAUUUACGCCAAUGAGGACCAUCAAGGCGUUGUUAUGGGCAUUAUCUCCGGGAUCGAGAGUUUAAGCGAUGGAUUGGGACCCGCCAUAUUCGGAGUGCUCUUUUACAUUUUCCAGGAGGAUUCGAAAAAUGCUGAAAAGGUUAUUGCACCAAUUCCCAUGCCUUUUGUUUUAUGUUCCUGUGGCGUAUUUGUGGCAAUCAUCUUAACUUGUUUACUAAGAAAAGACCCUUGUAAAAUUAAACACAAGAAAUUCAAGAAUGUUAUGAUAAAAUAUGAAGAAGAACGGGAACCUCUGAUGAAAACAAGCAAUAAUGUAAAAAUGUAAUGUCAAUAAAAAAAAGAACAAACAAUAAAAAAAAUCUAGAUGAAUACUUUACAUUC